AUGUCUCGCGCUGGAAACUUCGUCGAAGGAUUGGACCAUCAUGCUUAUCGAACCGGACAAUCAGAUUUUGCUGGAGAAGACCAACCACAUCGAGGCCAGGAACGUGUCUAUGAGGAUCCAUAUUCGGAUAGGGUACUCGAUACUCGCGAUACAGAUCUUGAUCCAUUUCAUGAUACCCCGUCUGGAACUUCAUAUGUCGGAGGUGCUACUCAAUAUUCUGACCCUCAGGAUUCAUAUUCUGGCACCACAUCUCGACGACAGGCAGCACUCCAAGCCUCGCUUUCCCCUACGAACAGCGGAUCUACCUUCAAAAAUUCGUAUUCUGGAGCUGGAUAUCAGGAAACUCCACCAAGUAUUAGUGUGACUGAAUCUCCACCUAUUACGCGUCAAGCUUCUCUUCAGACUGUGAAAUCCCAAUCUUAUCUUUCUCCAGCAGAUCCUACUGGUUCUCUACUCGGUAGUGGCCAAACAUUUGAGGCCCCACCGCCAACAUCUGUGCAUUACACUGGUAGCAGAUCAUCAGCCCCGAAAUAUGUCGAUGAGUUCCGAAAACGCCGUAAGAAGAGGGGAACAAGGAUCAGGGAUAUUUGUCAUAUUGGUAGCUACCAGGGAACAUGUGCAAUGGGUAAAUGA